CUUGACAUCCAAGAGCUGUAACUAUCGCAGCUGAAUUCUACUUUUGUUUUUAUUUCUCCCUCUUUUCCUUGCAUCUGAUUCAUCUGUGAAGUCUGAUGCUUCUGCCAGGGGGAGAGGAAUAAAUUGAUGCUGCUGCCCCAGAAGGCUUAGACGUCGGGAAAGAGCGGCCAGAGCUGCAGUAGCGACAGGGGCGGUGGCGGCUGGAGCUCGGCGAAGCUCGUGGGACCCCAUUGGGGGAAUUUGAUCCAAGGAAGCUGUGAGAUGGCCGGGGGGAGGAGAAGCUCCCAGAUCAUUGUGUCCACUUCCAGGGGGGAGGAGGAGACGGCGGAGCGGGCCUCUCGGCGUCCUCGGCACGGCUGCACCCUGCUCUGUCCUGCGGGGAUUAUGGUCUGCGGCAGCCCGGGAGUGAUGCUGCUGCUGCGGGCCGGGCUGCUCGCCCUGGCCGCGCUCGGCCUGCUCAGCGUGCCCGGAGCUCGGGCUGCAGCCUGUGAGCCUGUGCGGAUCCCCUUGUGCAAGUCCCUGCCCUGGAACAUGACCAAGAUGCCCAACCACCUGCACCACAGCACCCAGGCCAACGCCAUCCUGGCCAUCGAGCAGUUCGAAGGACUGCUGGGCACCCACUGCAGCCCUGAUUUGCUAUUCUUCCUCUGUGCCAUGUAUGCACCCAUCUGCACCAUUGACUUCCAGCACGAGCCCAUCAAGCCCUGCAAGUCCGUGUGCGAGCGGGCCCGACAAGGCUGCGAGCCCAUCCUCAUCAAGUACCGCCACUCGUGGCCGGAGAGCCUGGCCUGCGAGGAGCUGCCGGUUUAUGACCGCGGGGUGUGCAUCUCUCCCGAGGCCAUUGUCACCGCAGACGGAGCGGAUUUUCCUAUGGAUUCUAGUAAUGGAAACUGUAGAGGGGCAAGCAGUGAACGCUGCAAGUGUAAGCCUGUUAGAGCUACACAGAAGACCUAUUUCCGAAACAAUUACAACUAUGUCAUCCGGGCUAAAGUUAAGGAGGUAAAGACCAAGUGCCAUGAUGUGACUGCGGUUGUCGAGGUGAAGGAGAUUCUAAAAUCUUCCCUGGUAAACAUUCCCAGAGACACCGUUAACCUUUACACCAGUUCUGGCUGUUUGUGUCCUCCACUUAAUGUCAAUGAGGAAUACAUCAUCAUGGGCUAUGAAGAUGAGGAACGUUCCAGAUUACUGUUGGUGGAAGGUUCUAUUGCUGAGAAGUGGAAGGAUCGACUUGGUAAAAAAGUGAAGCGCUGGGAUAUGAAGCUCCGUCAUCUUGGACUGAGUAAAAGUGAUUCGAGUCUCAGUGAUUCCACACAGAGUCAGAAGUCUGGCAGGAAUUCUCAGCCCCGGCAGGCACGCAACUAAAUCCUGAAAUGCAGAAAGAAUAUCAAUGGAUUUCCUACUAAGACUUGCAUUGCUGGACUAGCAAGAGAAAAUUGCACUAUUGCACGUCAUAUUCUAUUUUUUACCACAAAAAAAUCAUGUGGUAACUGAUUACUUCUAUUUUCUCUUUUAUUUUCUGCUUUUCUUUUUCUUUCCCUAUUCCCCCAACUUUUUUGUGGUUUGGGUGCAGAUCCUUAAAACAUAUGUAUUCUAUUUCGCUAAUCAUGGGAAAAUUAUUCUUUGCAAUAAUGAUAAAUUAAACAUGUUGAUAUCAGGGGCUCUUGGCUGGAGUAAAUUUACCAUUCUGUUCUUGUCUGGAUGGGGAAUGCAAUAUUGGAUGCAAACAGGGAGUUCUGGUAAAUAAAGAAAGCUAGAUAUGCUGUAAAAUAUACACUACAGAUCGAAUUACAAGCCUCAUUUUUGUAUGCCUUAGGGACAUUCUCACACUUAUGAAAUCUAAAUGUGUGUAAAGGUAGGAUGGCAGUUUGAAAUCAAGUGCCACACAGGCAAAGCAAUCAAGCGCGGGAAGCAUUUAUGAGAAAACGACAUGUAAGAUGAGCUAUUUGCAAGAUUGGCAGGAAGCAAAGUAGUGUUAGGAGUUGGGGAAGAACAUUUUGCUUGAUUGAGAAGCACAACUGAAACCAAUAGCUGGUGUGGUAUUAGCAGUAGCUUUUUUUUUUUUUGGCAAUAUAUUCAUUUGAUUAUGAAUAUAUUAGUCAGCAUUAAGGAUGUGAAUUACAGCUAGACAUCUGCUGUUAUCAGCAUUUUGUUUAAUUUGCAUCCCUAAAUAAUCCCUUUGGUAUACAUCUUUUUCUUUCUUUUCAAUAAAAUAAAUCUGACUUGCUGCAUUGACCAGAGAGAGAAUGUGGACAUGUGCACCAGGAUGUUAUUUUUAAAAGGUAUGUAGUUCUAUAAAAUGCUGUAGUUGCAGGACAUAAAAUGUGCAAGGUUCUUCUUUUGAUGUGUGUGCGUGUUUGUACGUGUGUGUGUGUGUGUGCACUCACACCCAAGCUGGACUGAAUGACAGACCUACGCUUUAUCAUUUGGAUUUGGGAUGUUUAAUGCUCAGCAAAGUAUCUAAUAAAAGAAAUUAUUGUUGGUCUUCCCUUCAA